UUAGAUAGCGUACCGCGCCUGCGGGAAUUAAAAAAUAUAUCCUCAGUUAGUACAUUGGUUGUAUGGUUUCAUAUUAAAUCGAUUUAGAGUGUACAUUCAAAUUUCGAAUCGCUAAACGCGCACGUAUAUUUUGUUGUCGAAUUUAUGUUUACUUCACGAGGUGCUUUACGUUUGAGCACAUGGUGUACAUAAUUUCAACGUGAGAGGGAUUGUUGUGCUUUCUUACCAAUGGAAAACCAAACUAUACAAAAAGUGGAAGCCGAAAACACAAUGGAGGAGAAUAAAACAGACCAACAAGCAAUUGAACCGGAGAUCGUUGACGAAAGUCAUAGUAAAUCAGAUGAAAAUACAGGAAAAGUUGAAAUUGCAGUAACGGAGGAAACAAUCAGUGAUAAUUUGGUGGAACAGGAAACAGUUGAGUCCGAUAAGAACAUAUGCCCUCCUGAAUCUGGAGCAAAAGCACCUAUCAUGAAUUCAACGGAGAAAGAUAAGUCGGAAGAGAUUGAAAUGACAGAAUCGACGGAAGACAGGGAGACCAUUCAAUCAUCAGCGAUCUGCAAGGAAGAACCAUCUGACAUCGAGAUGGAAUUAGCAGAGGAUUUCACACGAAAAAAGGCAGAUCUAACAGUCACACCUAACAUCAAUGUAAAAAAAGAGAAAGGUCAAUAUCAGGACCAGGUAGCAGAGAAUCAGCAAAUCGAAUCCCAGGCUAUAGUUCAAAUAGCUAACAGUUCUUUAUCCUUGCUUUCCCAAUACAUCAGCUCGGAUUCGGAAUCGGAUUCCAACAUAACAGAUUCGGAAGAAGAGCUACCGAAAGAAAAUUACACCGGGAAGGACUCUAGUUCUGAUAGUUCAGAUGAUGAUGAAGUAGAAUGUCUCCCAAAUACGGCGGACUACCGUGACCAAGCCAUACUUGUUAGUGAUGCAGAAACUAUGCCGAAUGGAGAACCUGAUGGGUCCGAUAAGGAAAUGCUAUCUUCAGACGACGAGGAGCAAAAUACCGUACCAACCCCAGUGAGAGCGAAAGGGGAACUGCUCAUACAUGAACUUCCUCCGAUCGAGGAGCUAAACAUUUCGGUUCCCGAAAGCGAAUGUAAACCGGUGGGAAAGGUUCAGUCAAUUGUUGCCCAGAUUGUCAUCGUACAAUCAUAUCCAGGGAUAGAGCUGUUCAACUUAGACACGGUUCUUUUUCUGGAGAAGGGGAAGCGCCCCCUGGGGAAGAUUUUCGACGUGAUUGGUCAAGUUGCUGCGCCAAUGUACUGUGUUCUCUUCAAUUCUCGCCAGGAUGUUAUCGCCAAAGGGAUAACCGAAGGAACGCUCGUGUACUGUGCACCGCAAACGGAGCACACGUCUUUUAUUAUUUUGUCCGAUCUGAUGAGGCACCGAGGGUCGGAUGCCAGCUGGCUGGACGAUCACGAAGCGCCCGCUUAUGCGCUUGAUUACUCAGACGAUGAAGAGGAGCGAAGAGCUAGGGGUCGGGGUCGCUGUUCCAGUGGUAGACAAACACCGGAGGGUGGUGGCGGCGGUGGCGGCGGCGACGAUGGCAACAGACGACCAUAUAAUCCCAGGGGUCGUGGUCGAGGACGAGGUUACAGCCAUCGUGGCCAUCAUAAUGUGCACCACAACUGGUACCAAAUGAUACCACCGCCCGGGCCAUCCCAGCGAGUUCUAAAUCCGUUUGCUAUGAGGCCUGGUUUUCCGCAGUAUUUUGCACCGCCCCAAGGGCCUCCGUUCAAUCAGCAUUGAAAGAAAGCGCUUGUUUUCAAGUGUAUGGUAAGGAUAAACUUUGGAAUUCGAAGUUGAAAUAUGGAGUGAAUUCAUGGACGUGAAUUAUAAUUUUUAAAUCAGGAAAUGUAAAAAUGCUUUAAUAAGCAUGAAUUGAAUAGUA